AUGAAUCAAGUCACGAACCCAAUUAAAAAAGAAGAAUUUCCUAAACCCAUUAAUUUUGAAACCAAGAAUUUAACAAGAGAAGAAAUCGAAUUACUUAUGAUCCAUACCCAUAACUUUAUGAAAUGGGAAAAAGCCAAAAAAGAAAAAGAUCCGGUUGGUUUCAAACGUACGACCAUCAAAGCCAAAGAACUUCAUAGGAAAUUGACAAGUAAGAUUGGAAUUUCAAGAGUAUUGGAAGAAACUCAUGGUUGGAAUCCAUUGGAAUGGGAUUGGAUUACGUUUGAAAAGAAACAACGUGAGUUGGUUAAAGGACAUCAAAGGGAACUUUUGAGAACUUUGGAGCAAACUCCAAGAUUGUCAAAAGCUGAGUUGAAAGCGAUUUUGGAUGUUGUGAUACGUACUUUGGAUGAUUAA